AUGACACCCGAAGUAGAACCAGGCCCUCGCCAAACCAGACUUCGCGCAAGACAGGCAUGCCUUCAUUGCAACCGUCGUCGCAUCCGCUGCAAUGUCUUGGAGAAGCGCCCCUGCGAGAACUGCGUCGCGAUGAGCGUACCCUGCGAGGUCGGAGUCUCCAAGAGAGGAAAGUACCCGCGCAAGAAGAACAACAAUCAUAUCCACCGGCCCACUACCCCGAGAGCUGCGAGCCAUCCGAUCUCUCCGCCAGUCGUCCCCGACUCCACCGUCUCGUCGGCUUCCCGAAAUGGUGACACGCCGUUAAGGCACUCGGAUGUCUCGCGCCUCUCUCAGCAGACUAAACCGUGGCAGGCCCAGCCGCAUGUCAAUAGCCCCCGUGCCCCAUGGUUAACCCCGGGGGACUCGACUAGCGUGUUUCUGGGAGAGUCGAGUCCAUUGACGUGCGUGAUUGAUGAAGGACGACGAUCGCCUGAUAAGGGGUCUGGCAAUGUGAUGCAAAAGACGCGUCUUCACUAUCCGAUUCCUGAGAGACUUCAGUCCAGCAGUACGCGAGAUGUAGCGCUCCGGGCGCACAGGACAAAGCUCGAGGCCCAAUUGACGGCGGACGGGGCUUUUUCGUACCCCCCGACCGAGACCAUCGAGACUCUGCUAUGCGCUUACUUCACCUGGUUUCAUCCCUGCUUUCCUAUCCUGGAUCGCACCACCGUUCAGCAGUUGUUUGCUGAGGGCAAUGUUUCGCCGCUGCUGUUACAAGCUAUGCUGUUUAUCGGCGUAAGUCUUUGUACGGAUGAUGAGUUCGCGCGAACCGGGUUUGAGAUCCGCUAUGGAGCGAAGUUCCUGUUUUAUAGUCGGGCGAAAGCAAUUUAUGAUGCGGGUUGGGAGUCGAACAAGACAGUUAAGUUGCAAGCCCUCUUUCUGUUGAGUUACUGGCGCGGAGGCCCUUCUGAGGAGCAAGACACGCGGUUCUGGCUCGGCGUGGCCAUCAGUUUGGCUCAGAAGCGCGGAAUGCAUAUGAUGUCGAAGCUUUCCUUCAGUUCAUCGCGGGAAGAGAAGUUAUGGAAACGGAUAUGGUGGGCUUUAUAUAUUCGUGACCAACAAAGCGCCUCGGCCCUUGGAUUACCUGCUCGAAUACGUGAUGAGGAUUGCGACGUGGCCAUGCUUGAAGAAAGCGACAUCAGGGAAGACGAGGUUGUAGAGAACCCCGAAAUCUUUGGCACCCAGAACGUGGAAGAUGUGCCGUAUCCGGUUGAAAUGGCCCGACUAGCUAGGAUUUUGCGCACGAUUGUCUCUACGCAAUAUUUGCCUAUUCAAGCCUCUGUCGAUACAUCUCUCCGACAAGAGCUUCAUAAGCAACUUUCAGAAUGGGAAUCGAAUAUACCGUCUAUUCUCAAGCUCGGGAAUACCGCUAGCCCUAGAGCUAUCUUCUUAACGGGAUUGCUACAUACGACUCAUAACUAUCUCUACGUUCUACUCUACCGAUCGUUAUUUCUCCACCCACCCAAUUCGGCCUCGGACGAACUGGGCCAGAUUGCAUUGAAUGCUGCCACCAAGACAACAAGAAUUAUCGAGGACAUGUUGUCUUGUAACCUCGUCCAGCAUGGUGCAACACAUCUAAUCACACACUCGUUCUCCGCCUUAUGCAUUCAAACCAUCCACUGUCGACGAACCACAGGAACAGCCCGCAAGUUGGCAGAACACCGCGCAAGGCUUUGUCUGCUGGGAUUACAGGAACUGCAAAAGACUUGGGACUUGGAGAACUGGGUCCUAGAUCUUUUCUUCCGCUGCCUGGACGAUUGCACGGCCCGCACACUGCGAUUGACAGAUAUUAUAAACCCACCGGCUCAGCCAACACAGACAACCGAAGCCCAAACAAAUGGAGAGAGUGUGGCGAACCAUGAGCAAGAGCCCAGGACGCCGAAUACUAUGAUGACAUCCAACUCAAAUGACCCUACGCUUGCGCCGUCUCUUCAUGCGUCGCCAUAUGCUCCCGCUGGAGAUCUUGCAGCACCGAGCGAUUGGUACGGCUUGUUUAAUUUCACAGACGAUUUUACGGAUGUUCUCGGAAGUCCACAGUCACAGGAGUCUCUCAACCUGCAGAAUCUCCAGUUCCUAUAUCGAUUUCUAUAG